AAAAAGAAGGGAGGGAUCUGCUUCGUUCUAUAAAGCCCUUGAUCACGGGGCGCUCGAGUUUGUCUAGAUGCGGUGGAGGAGCUGCUAACCCAGGUGCUUGUAAGGCAUGAAACAGAGAAUGCGAAAUCGUUGGGUGAAGCGCAGUCUGAUGUUGCUUUAGAGGACGUGAAGGGCUGGCGGUUCAGUGGAAGUCUACGGAAACUUACAGGGGAACCCGAAGACAAGCAGAGAUGAUGGAGAUCAUGUGGAUUUUUGUCAUGGUCGUCUUCUGUACUGAGGCGUGGAGCAUUAAUCCAGGAACUAAUGAAAACACCCCUGUGAACUUCACUGCUUCUUCUUCUUCCACUAUCAAACUUUACGUUAAUAGAUAUGAGAAUUACAAGGUUGAGAGUGAGGUCAACCUGACAUGCAGCAAUAAGACAUGGACGGAAACAAUGUAUGUUAUCUGGAAAAUACAGAUGAAAAACAAAAACUGCACGAUAUCCUUUGACAGCGAAGGUCGAAGCGAAAACACGUGUGGCGAUGGCAAGUCUCUCAGAAACACAUCCGCUCAGUCGUACCUGCACAUCUCAAAGUUGUCAGCUGAUGAUGAGGGCGUCUUCAUGUGCGAGUCGGUUUACACGGGAGGAAACGAUAACUUUAAAAUCCACGUGAAUAUCACAGUUCCUCCUAGUAUACAUGCCUGGUUUGAGCGUAAAGACAACAAGAUGGUGGCAGUGUGCGAAGUCGUGGGGGUAAAUCCUGCCUCCAACAUCAGCUGGAGUUACGCGGGUAGCACCCUAAAUGCCAAUGAAACGUCGCUGUGCACUAAAAUGCAGUGUUCAAGUCGUCUGGAGCUCCCUGAGGGCAUGGCCGCAGAAAACCUGAGCUGUUCCGUGAGACAUCCGUUCUGGGAACAGGAGAAGAUUCUCAAACCAGAACUCAAAAAAGGUCAGGCCUCUGCCCACUGGACUGGCAAAAGUACGGAUUCAAAAGCUUCUUAUUCGUUUUGGCUGUGGAUACUUAUCGCUGCCGCAGGCUUCGCAGUUUUGGCGGGAGUCGUAUUGUUUGCACAGAAGAUAAUGAUGCUGAGGCAAAGCCAACAGUCCGACUCACUGUCCAAGUUUGCAAAGACAGAGGAUGUGGAGGAUGUGGAACCCUAUGCUAGCUACGUUCAACGUGUAAACUCUAUCUAUAACACAUAGAAAUCUUGCACAUGCACGACGUCCUCAGAUGCACACCGGUCUCUUGUGAGAAACUGAAGGCUGUGAAACUGAGAAGUGGUGUAAUAGUAAAGAGAGAGCAGGGCGAGAGUUCCGAUAAGAGAGGAAAGUGCCUCGCUUCAAACCUGUCCUAACAAACUCUUGACUGAUGGAACAGGGGAUGUACCUGAUGGCACACUUGAGCCCACUACUCUCUCAUGGAGAACAUUAAUAAUUACUACAAGAGGAACAAAUGGACGAACUGGAAAGGGGGGAGCAUCUUGAGCCGGAUGCAGCACAUGGAGACGACACAACUUUUAACGUUGAUGUUUGGCUAUGAUCACUGACAAUUAUUUAUAGAUGGUCUGUACAUAGAUACUGGGAGUCAACCCACUAUAUUCAAAUACAUAGUAUUUCAGUGAAUUACCUGAAGUAUUCGUAUUAUAUUGUGUUGUAUACUAAUGAAACAGUGUGCAUUAAAAUACAUUUACACACACUGAUAUCAUUUUAGCUACAUUCUUCACAACUACUGAGAACACUGAUAAGCAAACAGGUUAUGGCAAAAGUCACUUUAUGAAAAACUAAAAUAGUCCCGUUUUUAUCUCCGGUCUAUAUUUAGUGUCACAGUGACUUUUACAUCUUUCGUAGACAAAAAACAAAACUGAUACUUCACUGCGUGGUGGUUAUCUGUGGUAGGGCAUGAAAAGACACUGACUGUAAACCAGAGACCAAAUACACUGUAUAAACCUAUUACCGAGAUGGUAUGAACCAGAAAAAGGAGCUAUUGUGCCCUCUACCGGCAGAUAUAUGGAAGUAGUCAUUUCUAACAGCUUGACAUGUCGGAAUUUUGUGACGAAACACAUAAAUUAAAAAAAGGGUUAAAUGACUGCGCUCUGCGAGCAACAGUCAGGUAAAGAGACAUUUUCUCCGCUACCUAUGUGAACAAUGGAGAAUGAACUCCACGGUCGCCUUUCAGCACGAAAUACUUUCCACCAUGUAUCUGGAUGGGCCGUGCCUGUCCGCUCUUGUAUGCAUGACAGACCCCUUUGAUUAAGAGAGGCAAAACCUGUUUCAAUUU